UGUUCCUCUUGGACGUUUUUACGUCAACGUAACGGAUCUGUGACAAAAGCGUGAGUUAGUGGUCCCUUAAACAUGUCUCUGUUCCCCAGGGCUGGCAUGCUGAAUAUGACCGGGGCUGGAAGUCUCCCUCCAGCCUGAAGCAGCGUCCCCUGCCUGCAGCAAGAGAACCGGACCGGUGCAACACACAACAGAGGUAGCCGGGCGCUUUAUUUAUUCAAGAGAAGAUGGCGGAGUUUUCGCCCGUCCUGUCGAUGCGGGAGGGUGGAGGACGUUUUGGCCAGCCCAUCUUCCCCCGGUCCAGAUCUGGUUCCGAGUCAGAGAGCGAACUGUCCCAGAGUCUGGCCCGGACCAAGAUCCGCUCGUACGGGAGCACAGCCAGCGUCACGGCCUCUCUUGGGGAGAAAUACAUAGAGCAUCGGGUUACUGACAGUGAUACCCUGCAAGGGAUUGCUCUGAGAUACGGUGUGACGAUGGAGCAAAUCAAGAGAGCCAACAAGCUGUUCAGCAACGAUUGCAUUUUUCUGAAGAACAACCUCAACAUCCCUGUGCUGUCGGAGAAGCGCUACAUAUUUAACGGACUGUCACUAGAGUCUCCUGAUGGGGACGGUGAAGCAGCGUGCCAGGAGGCAGACACACCUUCAUUUGUGAUGCAGGAUAUCGAGGGACCCUCGCCCACCUCUUCCCCACCCCCUGAGAACUCCAAACCCCCCCAGCCGGAGGAGCUGUCAGCCAAAGACUUCUUACACAGACUGGACUUGCAAAUUAAACAAUCUAAGCAGGCAGCGCGGAAGCUGAAAGAAGAGGAAGUGAGGAGCAAUGAGGAGGACUACACAGCGCCUGCAACAUCAUAUCAGGAGAUAUAAAGGACCAGUCCGUUUACUGCAAACACAACCAUGCUCACACAUACUACCAUAACCCCAUUGCUGUUUUAUUUCUCUUAACGUUUGCUUUUUCCAUACCAUGUUGAGGAAAAGUGUUGUUUGCCUUUUAUUUAUUGAUAUUAUUAUGAUGUAUAUGGUUGUUACUGUUUUGUACACUUUUACUUGGAGACUUAACAGCACGGGGGAGCAUCCAAUAUAAAUAUCCAAGCCCACGUGCCCAUCCUCUCAUCAUUUGCUUCUGAAGCGGCUGUACAAAGUCCACCUGCUGCAUAUGUUCACACACACACACACACACACACACACAUACACACACACACACACACACACACACACACGCAUAGGCAAACACACGGCACUAAGCAAUUCCAGAGGGAUUAGCUUGUUGGACUUGCUAACUGCUUCUGAUGCUAAAUCCCCGACCUAGAAUAGUAUCAUUGGAAAGUGUAUUCAGGCCUUCCUCAUCAGUAUUUACCCUGUAUGAGCACACCGCACACAGGGGUGGUGGAUGGACCCCCGCCUUUUUGCCUCAUAGAAGCUGUUUUUCUUCAGGAAAAAGAAGGGACUGCUGUAUUUUUGCAGUGUGAAUUAAUUAUUUAUGUGUGGAGAACUGUCUGUAUCAGCUCUUUUAUUGUGCUUUUAAAUUCUUUUGGUUUCAUUUGGGAAUAAUAAAUAUGUACUUAAACCAGA